CCGCGGUGAGUACAGCCAGCUGAGUGCCGCCGCCGCUCGGAGUCUGCCGCCUCCGGGCCGCCACCGCUACUCUGCGCCCGCUCGGCCCGUCAGCUAGCCUGAGAGCGGCCUCCGUGAGAGGGGCGCCUGGCCGGACCCUGAGCUUCGCGCUCGCGCGCUGCGGCCCUCCGCGCCUCCUCUGCCGCCUGUCCGGCAUGAAGACCAAGUUCUGUAACGGAGGCGAGGCGGAGCCCUCGCCGCUCGGCCUGUUGCUGAGCUGUGGCGGCGGCAGCGCGGCCCCGGCGCCCGGCCUGGGGCAGCAGCGCGACGCCGCCAGCGACCUCGAGCCCAAGCAACUGGGCGGUCGGCAGCCGCCGCUCGCGUUGCCCCCGCCGCCGCCGGCCGACGAGCCGCCCGAGCCCCGGACGCGGCGCAGAGCCUAUCUGUGGUGCAAGGAGUUUCUGCCCGGCGCCUGGCGGGGCCUUCGCGAGGACCAGUUCCACAUCAGUGUCAUCAGAGGCGGCCUCAGUAACAUGCUGUUCCAGUGCUCCUUACCCGACACCAUGGCCACUGUUGGCGAUGAGCCUCGGAAAGUGCUCCUGCGGCUGUACGGGGCAAUUUUAAAGAUGGUAUUUUUGAUAAAGCUGUGGAAUGGAAAGAGGUCCUGUAAUAAAGAGGAAUCCGAACAAGCUCAGAAAGAAAAUGAAUUCCAAGGUGCUGAGGCCAUGGUUCUGGAGAGCGUUAUGUUUGCCAUUCUUGCAGAGAGGUCACUCGGACCAAAGCUCUACGGCAUCUUUCCCCAAGGCCGCCUGGAGCAGUUUAUCCCGAGCCGGCGGUUAGACACGGAAGAGUUAAGUUUGUCAGAUAUUUCUGCAGAAAUAGCUGAGAAAAUGGCCACAUUUCAUGGUAUGAAAAUGCCAUUCAAUAAGGAACCAAAAUGGCUUUUUGGAACAAUGGAAAAAUAUCUAAACCAAGUGCUGAGAAUUAAGUUUACGGGAGAAUCCAAAGUUAAACAGCUACACAAAUUCCUCAGUUACAAUUUGCCUUUGGAACUGGAAAAUCUGAGGUCAUUACUUGAAUCCACUCCAUCACCAGUUGUAUUUUGCCAUAAUGACUGUCAAGAAGGUAACAUCUUACUGUUGGAUGGCAGAGAGAAUUCUGAAAAACAGAGACUGAUGCUCAUCGACUUUGAAUAUAGCAGUUACAAUUACAGGGGAUUUGACAUCGGGAAUCAUUUCUGUGAGUGGAUGUACGAUUAUAGCUAUGAAACGUACCCUUUUUUCAAAGCAAACAUGCUGAAGUAUCCCAACAGGAAACAACAGCUCCAUUUUAUUUCCAAUUACUUGGCUGCAUUCCAAAAUGAAUUUGAAAACCUCAGUAAUGAAGAAAAGUCUGUUAUAGAAGAAGAAAUGUUGAUUGAAGUCAAUAGGUUUGCUCUUGCCUCCCAUUUCUUCUGGGGACUUUGGUCCAUUGUACAGGCCAAGAUUUCAUCCAUUGAAUUUGGAUACAUGGACUACGCCCAAGCUCGGUUUGAUGCUUACUUCGCCCAGAAGAGGAAGCUCGGGGUGUGAUGGUGGGGAGGACCCCUCGCACUGCACCUGGACGGUGUGGGCAGCUGCUCCGGCGGGCCUGAGCCCGGAACCACACCUGGGGCUGGAAGGUGGGGGGGGGGGGCUUGCUGCCCGGCACAGAUGUGUAUGAUACAAAAGACUGUAUUUACAACUGAGUGACAUUUAUUUCCUAUCUUGUUCACGAUUUACUGGGACUCUGCGGUGAGAUGGGGAAGCAGAACUAGAAUACAGUAGUGCAAUAUCUCAGAAUCCUUUUAAUCCAGAGAAGUCAUUAAUAUCUGGGGCCUGCAGCUCCCAGUCAGACUGUAGACAGCAAGAGUAACAGGGUUACUGCAGGUGCUUUUUUUGGCCAAUGUUGAUUUUUAAAGUAUUUUAAUUAACAUGCUGGUGAACACUGUGACCAGGCCCUCUAGGUGACUGUGUGUAGACACUGCCCGCUCCCCAGUGGCGAGCGAGCAGAGACUGACUGUGACGUUGCUUUGCAGCCUGACCUCUUCUCCAAAAGCUGCUCCUUCACCCUUUAGGUCCAAAUGGCUGACGCUCAAGUUGGCAGGCUGCACAUGACAUACGCGAGCUGCUGCCUGCGCGCAGCAAGGAUGACUGUAGCUCCUUGGGGCCUGUUAUACAUACUUGGUUAUGCUGAUGAAUCUCACCCUGGAGGCAGCCUCGGCCGUGCCCUCCUCCUAACUGAACAGGCCGUAUUAACCUCAGCUCUGGAGCAGGCAGGGAGCCAUGGCCACAGAGGGCCACUGCCUGGACAAGGAGCAGCGCAGGGACGUGACACAUGCCUCUUGUCUGCUUUCCCAGCAGGGAGCAGGCUUCUUGUGUCCUGCUUUCUGCUGCUUUUUCUCCUUCACCUCUGCUCAGCCAGGAGCUGGGGCUUCUGUGAUAAGGCUGACUGCCCUAGGGCUGCAGUGUGCCGCGUGCGGAGAGGGAACCCUGGCCUCAGCUCUGUGGCCAGUUCCCCACCGUCACUGCUCCUGAUGUCCCUGACGUGUUCGUUCUGGUGGGAACAGCCUGUAUGUGGGAUGUGGGGGCUUGGACAAAGUACAGCUGUGAAAUCUGUAUAUAGGAGAUGUCCUUUGGGAUAAAUGUUUUUUAACUCUGAACUCUUGUUUUUUGUGUAUACAUUCCUGCUACUGUGAAGAUUGUACCAUAUAGACAGCAAAAAAAUAAAAAUCCUUCCUCAGCUGUCA